CAGCUGAGGUAGCUUUCAGCCUCAGCACCAGUGCCAUUAUGAUGGAUGUUUACAUCUCUUCAUUGAGAGCCAAUUAUCUUGCUUUUGUGUGAGGCCCAAAUAUCACUCAUGCUGCCUGCUUGCACAGAGCACUGUUGGAUCUAGCUGAACGAAUUGUUUUCUCUGUCUCUGGAUGUUCUGUGAUCUGUUGGGUCGUAUACAAUUCCACUUGGACACCAUGUAGAGAUUACAGAGACCUAGGACACCAUGGUCAGGAAUCAGAUGGCAUCCUUCUCACCAAUUCCUUCUCACCACUGCCAGUACUGAGGUAACAGAGCACAGGAAAGACAGGCUCCAGCUCUCAGUUCUAGUGCCUGGCUCCACCAUUGCCUAGAAGAGUGGUGAGCUACCUGCGGCCCAUCAGGGGUCUCCUAUUGUGGUAGCAAGGCUCAAUAGGAUUUAUGAGAAACCAGGAAAUACAGCUGCUGACAUCCAAAGGAGGAGAUGACCUGUUCAUAAUCUAAUGGAAAUACCUUUUCCCCACUUCACACAUAAAUUAAGAAGAAAGUCAAAAUAAAGGUGGCUGAGGCAGACAGGCAUCUGAUAAAGGUUUUCCCCUUUCUAUCCUUUCCACCUGAAGACUCCAGAUAUAACCAGAACCAAAAAUACAAAAGAGGGUCGUAUGGCUGUGGGUGACCCAGGGUGGUGGGAGCAUGUUCAGAGAGAAGGUCUCAUUGCCUCGAGAAAAAGGACAGUUUGAGGGCCAGAGUGAAUUCACCCCAGACUGGACAGGAACCCCCACCCCAUCAUAUUGCUUUUCAGAAUCCAUUCCACAAUGCCCCACACUGGCAGUUAAUUCAGUGCAAGUUUGCAUGAACAGCUUCAACAGGAGCAACCAGCCCCAGAAUAUCCCAUAGUCCAAUGGUUAGAACACUCUUCUGAAAGGUGGAAGAGCCAGUUUAAAUCCCUUUUCUACAUCAGGCAGAGAGAAAAAUGGAACCCUGGUCUCCUACAUUGCAGGGCAUAAAUUGAUUACCUGCUGGGGUAAGGAAGGAAGUUCUUUCCCAACAACUGGAAUGGGGAUGGAGGUUCAUCUUCCUCUCAAUAAUUAAUUGAUAGGCAUUGCUGGAGCUAAAAUGUUAGAUUUGAUGGAUGAAUUGGUGUGAUCAGGUAGCUACUGGAAACUUAUUACCAGAGUCAUGGAGUGGUGUCUGUCUGGUAUGAAAUGAAUACAUGAAGAUCCUUGGAAUUUUUAGCUACCUUGCUAAUCCAUUCUGUCUUUGUAAUAAUUUGGGAGACUUCAACACCAGAAAGGAACUCCUCCCACUUUUGCUUUUUUAAACAGUUCUUUGAGAAGCCCAGCUCUUUUGAAAAAUGAAUGAUCAUUUCUAAAGAUGUGCCAUGGAGACUCAAGUAGGAUCUUUUUUUUUUUUUUUUUUUUGGAAGAGCUUUAGGUAAAAUACAGAACAGUACAAUGUGUAUGCAUAUAUUCUUCAUAUCAAAGAAAUGGCAAGCUGAAGCGCCAUCAGAAAGUAAUAACCACAGUGGAGUCAGUCCCUGAAUGAGAAUUCUCAGGAUGAUGAUGAUGAUGAUGCUGAGAACAGGCUUUGGGAUUGUGAAUAUGAGACAGAAAAUAAAAUGUACAAAAUGAAGAGGGUUUGGCGUGUCUGAAGAUCCAGGCAGAAGCAGCAACCAAGGCUAGAAUUUUGAGUGGACCUAAUAGAAGUUAUUUGGGCUUUUGAGGAUACUGGUGUUGGCUUCUCUUCUUCUAUUAAAGGAUAUUGAACAUUAUAAAGACAACAAGCUGCCAUCUUGUAAAAAUAGAUCACAGGAAAAUAACCCCACCUUUAUGCCAGUGAAUACUGAGCGGAUUUGCAGCUAAUUGUUUGAAAGAUUCGGCCACUGAUACCAAAAUGGCAACAAAACGAUUAGGACACUGGAUGGCUAUCAAAAGGAGGCUAACUGAAUUCACAUACGUUGGGAGCAAAUAUUAAGUUUUCUUCUGAAAAAUUUCAAUUCCACGGUGUUCCGCUAUACAGUGUUAGAAGCUGGAAAUUGAACUGUAACAAAAAAGAAGUUCUGGGAAAAUGCAGGGAAUGUUUCCUUAAAGCACAUACUGAGACCCUAUAUGUUUUUCUUCACGUGAAGCUCACUUUGAAAUAUUUGGAUAAAAUGAGAUGCUUGCGGAAACGAUCAGCAGUAUCAUUCUUGGGAGUCCUUGUCAUUUGCCUGCUGUUCAUGAACUUGUACAUUGAAGAUGGUUAUGUCUUGGAAGGGGACAAGCAAUUAAUCAGAGAAACAGCCACACACCAACUUAAUUCGGAGCGCUAUGUUCACACUUUUAAAGACUUGUCAAAUUUCUCAGGAUCUAUAAAUGUUUCCUACCGCUAUCUAGCUGGCACACCUUUGCCAAGGAAAAGGUAUCUUACAAUUGGACUAUCCUCAGUCAAACGGAAAAAGGGGAAUUAUUUGCUCGAGACGAUCAAGUCCAUAUUUGAGCAGUCAAGUUAUGAGGAACUGAAGGAAAUUACGGUGGUGGUUCACCUAGCAGAUUUUGACUCAUCCUGGUGUGAAGGGAUGGUCCAGGAUAUUUCACAGAAAUUUGCCCAUCACAUCAUUGCUGGCAGGUUAAUGGUUAUCCAUGCUCCUGAGGAGUACUAUCCAGUACUGGAUGGCCUUAAGAGAAAUUACAAUGACCCAGAAGACCGUGUGAAGUUCCGAUCAAAACAAAAUGUAGAUUAUGCUUUCCUGCUUAACUUUUGUGCUAAUCUUUCUGAUUAUUAUGUCAUGCUAGAAGAUGACGUUCGAUGCUCUAAAAACUUCUUGACUGCUGUUAAGAAAGUAAUUACUUCGCGAGAAGGUUCCUAUUGGGUGACUCUGGAGUUUUCCAAACUGGGCUAUAUUGGAAAGCUAUACCACUCCCAUGACCUCCCACGCCUGGCUCAUUUUUUGCUGAUGUUUUACCAGGAAAUGCCUUGUGAUUGGCUGCUAAUCCAUUUCCGUGGGUUGUUAGCUCAAAAGGAUGUCAUCCGCUUUAAGCCAUCUCUGUUCCAGCACAUGGGAUAUUAUUCAUCCUACAAAGGAGCUGAGAACAAACUAAAGGAUGACGACUUUGAAGAGGAUUCGUUUGACAUCCCUGACAACCCGCCCGCAAAUCUUCACACCAACAUGAAUGUAUUUGAAAACUACGAGGCAAGCAAGGCUUACAGCAGCAUUGAUGAGUACUUCUGGGGAAAAGCUCCUUCUACUGGAGAUCUCUAUGUGAUUGUAUUUGAAAAGCCUAUUAAAAUCAGUAAAAUUAAAGUUAUCACUGGAACAGAAGACCGGCAAAAUGACAUCUUGCAUCAUGGAGCCCUGGAAGUUGGGGAAAAGAUUGUAGGGAGCAAAAAAGGGAGGCAAUGUACUACUUACUUGAGACUAGGGGAGUUCAAAAAUGGAAAUUUUGAAAUGACAGAUGUGGAGCACAAAGUUUUGUUUGAUAUUAACUGCAUGAGAAUACUUGUUACCAAAAGUCAAAAAGAAUGGCUGAUCAUUAGGAGCAUUAGUAUUUGGACUUCUCAGCCACCAAAUCAAUAAGGCAAAAUUACUGAAGCUGGUCCUCCUCCUUUCAUGGUGGAGUGAAUGCCAUCGGUUGGGUCCCAACUGGUGUCAUUCCCCAAGGAGACUGACUGACUUCCAAUUAUUUACUGUUGACACUGGAAAUCUGGGGAAAUCAUAAAACAAGCAAAAGCAAUUUAUUUUGUACUAGUCCGCCAG